CACGUUUGUAAUAAAGAUCAAACAAAGUCACGCUAAAACACUUGUCGCCUGUACAGUUUCAAUGCACGGAGGCACGGCGCGAGCUGUCACUCAUUGUAUUCAGAGACCGGCAGCCUUUCACGAGAGACGCCUGCAUAGUACCUAUUUAAACAAUGUCAGCGGACAAAGUGUUCCACUCCCGCUCGCAAGGCAUCCCGUCCGAGGGUGUGAAGGACCAGUACGCGGACGGCAAGGCGGCGAGGGUGUGGAAGAAGUACAUAGGGGAUAGCAACCAGAGGACGAAGAACUACAGAGACUUCCUCUCCGGCCUGCUGAGGAAACAUGGCUGCGAGCGCGUACUGGACGUGGCCUGUGGAACUGGAAUAGACUCCAUGAUGCUCCUGGACGAGGGAUUCAAGGUGGUAUCAGUGGAUGCGUCCGACAAGAUGCUGAAACACGCGCUGAAGGCGCGCUGGGAAAAGAGGAAAGAUCCGCGUUAUGACGAGUGGGUGAUCGAAGAAGCGAGUUGGGAAACCCUACCACAGGACGUGCAAGCGUUCCUCCCCGGCGAGUCGUUCGACGCCGUCAUAUGCCUCGGGAACUCGUUCGCCCAUUUACUGGACGAGUACGAAGACCAGCGGACACAGAAGAUGUGCUUGCGGAACUUUGCCAAAGUUCUGAAGCCAGGAGGACUGCUGCUGAUAGACCACAGGAACUACGACGCCAUGAUCGACAGUGGCGCCACUCCUGGACACUCCAUUUAUUAUAAUUGCCGGUACCCAGUCGACAUCAAGACGUCGGUGCUGGUGGUGCGCGGCAAGCCCGAGCUCGUGGCGCUGGACUACUGCAUCGACGCCGCCGAAGACGAACUCAACACUGAGAAGAGCGAGUUUCGGUUGUGCUAUUACCCGCACAAGCUCGACAGCUUCACGCGCAUGCUCGAAGAGGCGUUCGACGGGCGCGCGACGCACCGCAUCUUCGCCGACUUCCAGCCGCUGGCGCAGGUCCGCGAGCCUGCCUACUACAUACACGUCAUGCAGAAGGCCAUGGAUUGACCCCGACCUUCUCAUACCAAAAUAUUCUAGCCUAAACAUCAUCAUCUCAGCCAAUGAAGGUACACUGAUAGACGGACUAUUUACCCGCUUACAUUAUUAUCCUGAACAUAAUUUUAUCUUAUGAAGCUUUAGGUCUAGACAGACCUAAACUUCUAUUACCAAAAUAUUGUAGCCUAUAUGGCUAAUAUAGCAAGCGCGCCCCGACUUACGACUGCAUUAAUGCUUUCCAUCGGGCUUAAUUGUAGUCAAGCUACAUUACCUACAUAAAAAAAAUACAUCAACAUCAUCUCAGCCGAUUGAAGUCCACUGCCAGACCAACCGUUCUCCCUCUAUCUUCCUUAUUAGUCUAACCGCCAGUCCCAUUAAUCAAUCGCCAAUGCACUUUCCUAUGCGAGGUCUCCAUUCAGGGGCGUAGCUAUUGCCGUAUCCAAUAUCCAUGAUAAGACUACAGGAGCCCCAAAAUUAGAUAAAUGUAAUCCACAUCACAUCUGGUGCUUCCCGGAAAAAAUCAUAUAAAAAAUUGCAUGUAGUUUCACUUUAUAGAUGACAAAAGUCAAUAAAAGCAGUCCUUUUUUUCCUGGGUUCCUUGUUUGAGACAUGGCUGUGUCAAUAACUUUUAUAGAAUCUCAUGUCUGAUUAAAUCAGAUUACUUCAGAAAAAAUAUUAGAAAAUAUUGUGCAUGUACAACCAGGUGUAUAUUGUGAAUAAGCAAUGUUAUGUUAUUACUUGUUAUAAAUUGUUAGAAAUAUAAAAUAAAUAUAUUUUAUCAAGUUA